AUGGUGGCUCCACUGCUAGGACUGGCUGUUCUGUUUCUAACUACCAGUCUGGUCACUUUGGGGGCAAAUGAUGUGCAGAUCAAUCAUAAAGGGGAGGUCGUGUACCGGGACACCAGUGUGUAUGGGGUGGUGGACAACGCUGUGACCCUGGAGUGUGGUACCACUGUGCCUGACAUGUAUAUAUGGAGCUUCACCAAACCCGGCACUGAAGCAAUAAAGGCUGUGGUGUAUAAUGUGGGUCAAGGAAUAAAGACCCAGAAGUUGGCUGACACACUCGGCCAACCAACAGUCAUCUCAAACAGCUCAGCUUUGAGGAUUGAGAAGCUGCCUCUGGCUGCACAUGGCUUAUUCACCUGCCAGGCCUUCUAUGACAUAGCACAGGAGGCCAAAGUCUACUACUACUAUGUCCAUCUGACUGUUCGAGUGCCUGUCAGCAAGCCUUACCUCCUCAUGAGUGAUGCUCCUCCAGUGGAAGGAUCUUCAGUGUGGAUGAACUGCAGUGUGGAAAACGGGACUGAACCGAUCCAGUAUGUGUGGCAAUAUGAAACCUACAACGGUAACGCCACAACCUUUGAAAUGGGCAACAACAGCAUAAUUAACAUGACCCAUGUCAACCGCAACCACACUGGCUGGUACCGCUGUGUGGCCAGCAACAACGUUAACAGCGAGAGCUCCAAACGUCUAUGGCUGGACAUCCUCUUUGGACCAGACAUUCCUCAGAUAGACGUGACUCCGUACUCUAUGACCAGGCGGGGUUACUCGGCUCUGGAGACGGAGGCUGUUUCCUUGCUGUGUCAGGCCCAGUCCAAUCCAGCCAGUCAGUACGUCUGGUUCUACAACAGCUCCCAGGUCUACACUGCGCAGAAGUUCACCAUCACCAAGAUCCUCCGUAUGCACACUGGCGACUACACCUGUUUGGCACAGAACACCUACCUCAACACCAGCUCCAAUAACACCAUCAGCCUGACUGUCUACUACCCCCCUGAUGGCUCCCCGUCCUGUUCUGUGGAGCCGGCUCUGAAUCACACCUCUCUACGGUUGCUGUGCUCCUGGCCUGGUGGAUUCCCCUCACCUUCACUCCACUGGACUGGAGACCUGAUACAAAAUCAGUCCAACACAACCCAGCAAACAAGUUCAGCCUCCAGCACUACCAUCCUCAUCAGCACUGCAAUCUCGCUGCCCUCUGGAGGCCUGACUUCUAAUAACAGCUUGUUUACGUGCGUGGGCUCCCAUCCUGCCCUGAAACAGUCGACACAGUGCAGCACACGCACAUAUAUUCCCCCUGCAGAGCCAGUGUGUUUUGUUGACGUGACUAAUGACAAACAGUACUUGAUGCUGUCCUGCUCCUGGGAAGGAGGGUUCCCUAAAGCCUUGGUGUGGUGGGAGGGACCUGCGGGCCAGAGCAGGGGUGGAAAAGAAAACUCCAACAUCCUGAUCCUUCCAUACGGGACAGCUCACAGCGGGAAACCUUACACCUGCUAUGCCAGGCACCCACUUCUGGUCCAAUCCAAGACCUGCAGCCUCACACUGGUGCCUAUCAGUAAGCCUUACAUCCUGAUGAGUAAUGCUUCUCCAGUGGAAGGAUCUUCAGUGUGGAUGCGCUGCAGUGUGGAAAAUGGAACUGAACCGAUUCAGUACACCUGGCACUAUGAAACCUACAAUGGUAACGCCACAACCUUCACACUGGGCAACAGCAGCAUCAUCAACAUCACCAAUGUCAACCGCAACCACACCGGCUGGUACCGCUGUGUUGCCAGCAACGCUGUCAACAGCGAGAAAUCUGACCGCCUAUGGCUGAACACUCUGUUUGGACCAGACAUUCCUCAGAUAGAUGUGACUCCGUACUCUAUGACCAGGCGGGGUUACACGGCUCUGGAGACGGAGGCUGUUUCCUUGCUGUGUCAGGCCCAGUCCAAUCCAGCCAGUCAGUACGUCUGGUUCUACAACAGUUCCCAAGUCUGCACCGGGCAGAAGUUCACCAUCACCAAGAUCCUCCGUAUGCACACUGGCGACUACACCUGUUUGGCACAGAACACCUACCUUAACACCAGCUCCAAUAACACCAUCAACCUGACAGUCUACUACCCCCCUGAUGGCUCCCCGUCCUGUUCUGUGGAGCCGGCUCUGAAUCACACCUCUCUGAGGCUGCUGUGCUCCUGGCCUGGUGGAUUCCCCUCACCUUCCCUCCACUGGACUGGAGACCUGAUACAAGAUCAGUCCAACACAGCCCAGCAGACAAGUUCAGCAUCCAGCACUGCCAUCAUGCUGCCCUCUGGAGGCCUAACUUCUAAUAACAGCUUGUUUACAUGCCUGGGCUCCCAUCCUGCCCUGAAACAGUCGACACAGUGCCGCACACGCACAUAUAUUCCCCCUGCAGAGCCUCUGUGCUUUGCUUAUGUGACUAAUGACAAACAGUAUCUGACGCUGUCCUGCUCCUGGGAGGGAGGGGCCCCGAAAGCUUUGGUAUGGUGGGAGGGCCCCGAAGUCCCCGUCACUAAGCCUUACCUCCUGAUGAGUGAUACUUCUCCAGUGGAAGGAUCUUCAAUGUGGAUGCGCUGCAAUGUGGAAAAUGGGACCGAACCGAUCCGGUAUGCGUGGCAACGUGAAACCAGCAGUGAAGACAUCACAACAUUUGCACAGGGCAACAACAGCAUUAUCAACGUCACCAACGUCAACCGCAACCACACCGGCUGGUACCGCUGUGUAGCCAGCAACACCAUCAACAGCCAGACAUCAGAUCGCGUAUGGCUGGACGUCAUCUAUGGCCCAGAUGUUCCUCAAAUAGAUGUGACUCCACCUCGUACAGUAAAGCAGGGCUACACAGCUCUGGAGACGGAGGCUGUUUCCUUGCUGUGUCAGGCCCAGUCCAAUCCAGCCAGUCAGUACGUCUGGUUCUACAACAACUCGCAGAUCUACACCGGGCAGAAGUUCACCAUCACCAAGAUCCUCCGUGCAGAUGCUGGCGACUACACCUGUUUGGCACAGAACACCUACCUCAACACGCGCACCAAAAAAACCAUCAGCCUGACAGUCUACUACCCCCCUGAUGGCUCCCCGUCCUGUUCUGUGGAGCCGGCUCUGAAUCACACCUCUCUGAGGCUGCUGUGCUCCUGGCCUGGUGGAUUCCCCUCACCUUCCCUCCACUGGACUGGAGACCUGAUACAAGAUCAGUCCAACACAGCCCAGCAAACAAGUUCAGCCUCCAGCACUGCCAUCAUGCUGCCCUCUGGAGGCCUGACUUCUAAUAACAGCUUGUUCACUUGCGUGGGCUCCCAUGCUGCCCUGAAACAGUCGACACAGUGCAGCACACGCACAUAUAUUCCCCCUGCAGAGCCACUGUGUUUUGCUUAUGUGAUUAAUGACAAACAGUACUUGAUGCUAUCCUGCUCGUGGGAGGGAGGGGCCCCAAACGCCUUGGUGUGGUGGGAGGGCCCCGAAGGUCAGAGCAAAGGUGGGGAACAAACCUCCAACAUCCUGAUCCUCCGCUAUGGCACAGCUCGCAGUGGGAAACCUUACACCUGCCACGCUAAACACCCACUUCUGGUGGAAACCAAGACCUGCAGACUCACACUGGAGGCACCAGUGCUGCAGACACAGCGCAGAGUCGUGUCUGUGUACGAGGGGAGCGACGUUCAGCUUACCUGCAAUCUGAGAGCCAACUACCUUCCUGUCAAUGAAAUCACCUGGUUUAAUAAUCAGGGUGUCGGUGUCCAAGACACCUCAAAGUACAUGCUUCUGAGAACGCCUGCAUGGGCCAAUCUGACUGUGAGAGACACAGAUGAAACUCAAGACAGCGGCGAGUACAGGUGCUCCACUUCCAACGCAGUGGGAGGAACCGAAAUCAAUAUCACUUUAGUCAUCAAGAAGUACCCCAUGCCACCCAAUGCAACCCUGGUCAGAGUGAUGUACACCAGCCAACAGCGUAAUGAGGUGGAGCUGGAGUGGGUGGUGGAGAAGGAGGAAGCAGGAGGUUGGACAGGUUUCUUCUUGGAGCACCGAUGGAUGUCUGAGCGUCCACGAAGGAAAGGAAGUGGGAAUGAUUCUUCAAGUGAGCGGGUGGAGGAGAACGUUACUCCCAUAGUCUGGUACCGUAACAUCCUCCAGGAUCCAGCUGUCAGGAUUUAUACAGUGCGGAGCCUGACGCCAACAGUUACCUACCAGUUUCGCGUCAUACCGGUGAACCACCGCACUGUGGGACAUCCUUCUGCUGCAAAGACACCAGUGGAGCCACGCAACAAUUUGUACCCCGCUGUGAUUGGAGCAGCUAUCGGUGGGAUGCUCAUUGCAGCCGUUCUCACUGCUCUGCUGCUCAUGUUCAUCCUCCGUAACCGCAGCACCAAUCCUCGACUCCAUGACUUGCUGUUUGGCUUGCAGCACAGCCAGUCGCAGGAAACCAUCAACCUCCCAGAGGAUGAAGUGUUUGGUGGGUCAAAGGGAGCAACUGGUGGAUCAUCCAGUCCAGCAACGGCUUUACCCCGAGGAGCUUCAUUCCUCACCUCCUCACCCAUGAGUGCCACCCCCAUCCCCGCCACCACCAGCCAAGCCCCUCCCUCUGGAGACGAUAACGAGCCAGUCAGCAUCACCAUCACCGUCAAGACGACGGGCUCAUAUCGAAUGCACUGGAAUCUCCAAGAAGACUUGCAGAUCAGAGAGUACGAAAGACGCAACCUCAGGCAUCUGAAGGAGGGCUAUAAUGCCCUGCAGAUCAACCCCAAUGGAGAGGUUGUGUACAAGGACACCCAGAUGUAUGAGGUGGUGUACCAGGACGCCAGUGUGUAUGGGGUAGUGGGCAAAGCCGUGAUCCUGGAGUGUGGUCCCUCUGUACCUGACAUGUACAUAUGGAGCUUCACCAAGCCUGGUACUGAAGGCAUAAAAGCUGUGGUGUAUAAUGUGGGACGAGGACCGAGGAUUCAGAAGCUGGCUGAUACGCUGGGACAGCUGACUGUCAUCUCAAACAGUGCAGCUAUAAGCAUUGAGAAGCUGCCUCUGGCUGCACAAGGCUUAUUUACCUGCCAGGCUUUCUAUGACAUAGACAACGAGCCCAAAGUCUACUACUACUACGUGCAUCUCAUUGUCAGAGUCCCCAUCACUAAGCCUUACCUCUUGCUGAGUGACGUAUCUCCAGUGGAAGGAUCUACAAUGUGGAUGCGCUGCAAUUUGGAAAAUGGGACUGGACCGAUCCAGUACGUGUGGCAACAUGAAACCCGCAGUGGUAACAUCACGAUCAUCGCACAAGGCGACAGCAGUGUUAUCAACGUGACCGACGUCAACCGCAACCACACCGGCUGGUACCGCUGUGUGGCCAGCAACGCAGUUAACAGUGAAAGCUCCAACCGCUUGUGGCUGGACACCAUCUUUGGCCCGGACAUUCCUCAGAUAAACGUGACUCCGUACAGUAUAACAGAGCGGGGUUACUCGGCUCUGGAGAGAGAAACUGUUUCUUUGGUGUGUCAGGCCCAGUCCAAUCCAGCCAGUCAGUAUGUCUGGUACUACAACAACUCGCAGGUCUACAGCGGGCCGCAGUACACCAUCACCAAGAUCCUCCGCAUGCACACUGGCGACUACGCCUGCUUGGCUCAGAAUACCUACCUUAACACCCUCUCCAAAAAAACCAUCAGCCUGACCGUCUACUACCCCCCUGAUGGCUCCCCGUCCUGUUCUGUGGAGCCGGCUCUGAAUCACACCUCUCUGAGGCUGCUGUGCUCCUGGCCUGGUGGAUUCCCCUCACCUUCCCUCCACUGGACUGGAGACCUGAUACAAGAUCAGUCCAACACAGCCCAGCAAACAAGUUCAGCCUCCAGCACUGCCAUCAUGCUGCCCUCUGGAGGCCUAACUUCUAAUAACAGCUUGUUCACUUGCCUGGGCUCCCAUGCUGCCCUGAAACAGUCGACACAGUGCAGCACACGCACAUAUAUUCCCCCUGCAGAGCCACUGUGUUUUGCUUAUGUGAUUAUUGACAAACAGUACUUGAUGCUAUCCUGCUCGUGGGAGGGAGGGGCCCCGAAAGCCUUGGUGUGGUGGGAGGGCCCCGAAGGUCAGAGCAAAGGUGGGGAACAAACCUCCAACAUCCUGAUUCUCCGCUAUGGCACAGCUCGCAGUGGGAAACCUUACACCUGCCACGCUAAACACCCGCUUCUGGUGGAAACCAAGACCUGCAGACUCACACUGGAGGCACCAGUGCUGCAGACACAGCGCAGAGUCGUGUCUGUGUACGAGGGGAGCGACGUUCAGCUUACCUGCAGUCUGAGAGCCAACUACCUUCCUGUCAAUGAAAUCACCUGGUUUAAUAAUCAGGGUGUCGGUGUCCAAGACACCUCAAAGUACAUGCUUCUGAGAACGCCUGCAUGGGCCAAUCUGACUGUGAGAGACACAGAUGAAACUCAAGACAGCGGCGAGUACAGGUGCUCCACUUCCAACGCAGUGGGAGGAACCGAAAUCAAUAUCACUUUAGUCAUCAAGAAGUACCCCAUGCCACCCAAUGCAACCCUGGUCAGAGUGAUGUACACCAGUCGACAGCGUAAUGAGGUGGAGCUGGAGUGGGUGGUGGAGAACCAGGAAGCAGGAGGUUGGACAGGUUUCUUCCUGGAGCACCGAUGGAUGUCUGAGCGACCACAAAGGAAAGGAAGUGGGAAUGAGGAGAAAGUUGGUCCCGUAGUCUGGUACCGUAACAUCCUCCAGGAUCCAGCUGUCAGGAUUUAUACAGUGGGGAGCCUGACGCCAACGGUUACCUACCAGUUUCGCAUCAUACCGGUGAACCACCGCACUGUGGGACAUCCUUCUGCUGCACAGACUCCAGCUGAACCACGCUACAACGUGUACCCUGCUGUGAUUGGAGCAGCUAUCGGUGGGAUGCUCUUUGCAGCUAUUCUCACGGUUCUGCUGCUCAUGUACAUAAUCCGCAACCGCAACAACAACCCUCGACUACAUGACUUGUUAUUUGGCAGGCAGCACAGCCAGUCAAGGGAAAACAUCAACUUCCCAGAAGAUGAAGUGGUCAGCAGGUCAGAGGGAGGAAUAGAGGAGAUUGGUGGAUCAUCCAGCCUAGGUCCAGUCAUGGCUUUACCCCGGGCAUCUUCACCCCUCACUUCUUCACCUAUGAGUGCCACCCUAACACCCACCAGCCAAGCCCCUCCCCCUGGAGACGAUAAUGAGCCAGUCAGCGUCACCAUCACCGUCAAGGCAACAGGCUCAUAGUCAUAUAUCCGACCCAUCCAGCUGGAAAAGCACAAAAGUCUUGAGCCAUCUCCCAUUUCUUCAUAUUUUGCUUCCAAGGAGACAGCAAUACAUCUUCAGGCUUUCUGAUGGGUUUUUCUUUGGACAUUGGCCUCUUUUUCACUCAUUUUCAGUCCAGUCCUUGUACCUGAGCAUUUUCACAUUAAUGUUUUUAACACUGAUAAGAAAGCUCACUGUUGUGUCACAUGUGACAUUAAACACAGCAGAGUCAGUUUGAAAUCAUGUCUUUGGGAACCCUGUUAAUAUCAGGUUUUCAUGAAAACAUUAUUUGUUCAUAUUUCUUUGUUUCAAUCUGUGAAAAAAAUGGACAAAAGAAGUGGCAGGCCUAAAGGUUAUUUACAGCAAAUGAACAGUAUCUGAAAGUCAUGUCCAUGAACAAAUCCAGCAAAGACCUGAAACAGGACCAAGAGAUCAGACUUGAUCAGAAAUGUGUCAUCUGAAGCGUGGCUGUCAAAAAGCCAUUCUUAAAGAAGGAAAACUGGGAGAAUAGACUGAGGUAUGCCAAAAUACACAAGAACUGGACUGAAAAUGUGUGGUAACAGUUCUUAUGGAGUCACGAAUCCAAAUUUGUCAUGUUUUACUGAAAUUGUCAUCAAUACAUACAGAGGAGGUCAGGAGAGAGGUACAACAGUGAGGGUCUACAGCCAUCUGUAAAACACCAUGGAAGCUCAGUCGUGGUCUGAGCAGCAUUUCAGCCUGUGGUGUCGGAGCUUUUCUAAACCGAUGAAAUUAUGAUGAGCAAAGUACUACUGUUUAGAUCCAACAUGCAACAUGAUCUAUAAAGCAUCUCAUUGGCAACAACUUUUCAGAAGGACAAUGAUCCCAAACACACUGCCAGUAUAAUAAAAGCUUACAUAAACAGAAAAAACACACAGUGGAACACUAUCAGUCACGAAUUGGCUUCCCCAGACCUGUAUCUUUAUAUUAUUGAAGCAGUGUGGGAUCAUGUUGACAGAGAUCCGAAUAAAACGCAGCCAACAUAUAAGGAAGAAGUUUGAAUGCCCUUCAAGAAGCCUGGAGAACCAUUCCUGAAGACUACUUAAAGAAAUUACACGAAAGCCUUGAGAGUUCAGGCUGUGUUGGAGAAUAAAGGUGGUCAUACCAAAUAUUGACUUGUUAGAAUUGGCUUAUACUCG